AUGAUUUAUCCUCCUCCUCCAUUUGACGAGUUUCCGUCUGUGACGGGCCCGGCCACCACCUCUUCUGUGGCGCCCAUCCCCACUGUGAUCCCGGGAUCCGAGACCUGGCAGCAGAUUGACGAUGUGGGCAUCCGGACUCUCUGGGUUGUUACUGUGCUUAUGGGCAUCUCCUCGCUGGUGUUCUACCUCUUGGCAGCUCGGGCUCCCCUGCCAAAGCGAAUGUUCCACAUCCUAACCUCAAUCACAACAACAAUCUCUUUCAUUGUCUACCUGGCCCUAGCCACAAAUCUAGGAAGCAACUACAGCUCCAGCAAGCUGCACGAAAAGCACAAACACGUCCCGGACACAACAACCCUAGUCUUCCGCCAAAUCCUCUGGCUCCGCUACCUGAACUGGGCCCUAACAACCCCGUUGAUCUUCAUCAACUUCGCCCUCCUAUCCGGCCUGCCAGGCGCGAACCUGUUACUGGCCAUAGUUGCUGACCUGGUCAUGCUCUCCGCUGGCCUGCUCGGUUCAUACGCCAGUCACGGCCGCGAGCGCUGGGUCUGGCUUACUAUUUCUUGUAUUGCUUACCUGGUUGUCAUCCAUCAUAUUGGAUUCCAUGCCCAGAGAGCGGCGAAGUCGAAGGAUGCUCGCACAAGGCGGUUCUUCGGAGCUGUUUCUGGGUCUGCGAUUGUUGUGUUGGCUUUGUUCCCUAUUUCACUCGCAGCUGGACCUCUCGCUCUCCAGCUCAGCGUCGGUACAGAGACUAUCCUUUUUGCCAUUCUUGAUGUCUGGACUCAGGGGAUCCUUGGCUACUGGCUUCUUCUGACGCAUGAUAGUUCUCCUGGAAUUAACCUGUACAUGGAUGGCUUCUGGUCCCAUGGCAUUGGCAACGAAGGUGCCAUUCGUAUUGAGGAAGAGGGUGCUUAA